AGAGUUCCGUCUUCUUCGAGCUCGAACGCUCGCUCAACCGCUCGUUCGUUCGUUCGUUCCAUCGAGCUCGCCGCGGAGGCGAUUGGCUGCUCGCCGGCGGAGUACUGCCGCCGCCGUUCUGCAUUCCCGAAUCGAUCGCAGGUAGUUCCGGCAGCCGCCGCCGCCGACGCCGAUUGGUUUGAUCCCCGCCGCGCGUCUCGCGUGCCGUUGCCGUCGCCGGAGGGCUAAGGAUUGCAUCGAGGAACAUGAGUUUGCUUCGCCAUAGUUUGCUUUGCCCCGCUGUUUCGGAGAAUCAAAGCAACCUGAACAGUUCGGCCAUCCCCGCGAACACUUUCUUUCAAACCGCAUCCGCCAAUCAAUCGGCAACUAAGACCAGGAGACCGAAAUUGUCUACAAAGUUUUCGGGAAGCAGCCUUAACCAGAGGAAGACAGAAUUGACCAUGGGGAAAGGUCGGGGUUAUUCAUUUGUCACUAGGGCCGUAUUGGCCACUGAUCCAGCUCCAGAGCUUGCUGGGAAAUUCAACCUGGAUGGAGAUAUUGAGUUGAAGGUCGAAGUUAGUGCCCCUGUUCCUGGUUCUAUGACUCAAGUAGAGAUCCGGGUCACUUGUAGUAGUGAUACGCUGAUACUACACUGGGGUGCAAUACGUGAUAAAAAGGAAAAGUGGAUACUUCCAUCACGAUAUCCAGAUGGGACCAAAGUAUACAAGAACAGGGCCCUCAGAACUCCUUUUGUCAAAUUGGGUGUGAAUUCAUUCCUCAAAAUAGAGAUUGAUGAUCCCACAAUCAAAGCUGUGGAGUUUCUUAUUCUUGAUGAAGCCCCAAAUAAAUGGUACAAAAAUAAUGGUGAUAACUUUCACAUAAAGUUGCCUCUGACAGAGGAGAUACCAAAUGUGUCCAUUCCGGAGGACCUCGUACAAAUCCAAGCAUAUCUGAGGUGGGAGAGAAAGGGGAAACAAAUGUACACUCCUGAGCAAGAUAAGGAGGAAUACGAAGCUGCACGCUUUGAGCUAUUGGAGGAAAUAGCACGGGGUACUUCCAUUGAGGACCUCCGAGCAAAAAUUACAAAGAAAAGUGAAGGAAACAAAACCGAGAAGCAAUCUCCUCCAGAACAGAAAAGUAAGAUACCUGAUGAACUGGUGCAGGUACAAGCUUACAUACGGUGGGAGAAAGCGGGAAAACCUAGUUAUUCAGCAGACCAACAAUUGAGGGAAUUCGAGGAAGCAAGAAAAGAGCUGCAAGCUGAACUCGAGAAGGGCCAUACAGUUGAAGACAUAAGGAAGAAGAUAUGCAAAGGGGAGAUAGAAUCUAAGGUCUCAAAGCAACUAGAAAAGAAAAAGUAUUUCCAUGUUGAAAAAAUUCAGCGCAAAACGAGGGAUGUCAUGCAACUAAUUAAUAAAAGUAGAGCUAAACCUGAAGAAGGAAAUAUCCCGAUUGAACAUGAGCCAAAAACCUUGACCGCAGUUGAACUUUUUGCAAAAGCAAUAGAGGAACGCGAUCUUGGUCGUCCUCUUGGCAAAAAGUCAUACAAGAUUGGUGACAAGGAACUUCUGGUGCUGGUAUCAAAGCUUGCUGAAAAGAUGAAAGUUCAUUUUGCCACAGAUCUUAAUGAGCCUGUUACUCUUCAUUGGGCUUUAUCUAAAACUAAUGCCGGAGAGUGGUUGGCACCCCCUCCAAGCAUCCUUCCUCCAGGAUCGGUUUCUCAACAUGGAGCGACUAAAACACCAUUUUCGAACAUCUCUCUUGAAAACGCUCCUUCCCAGGUCCAAUGUGUGGAAAUUGAGCUUGAAGAUGAAAGCUACAUAGGAAUGCCGUUUGUUCUUCAUGCUGGAGGGAAUUGGAUAAAAGAUAAAGGCUCUGACUUCUACAUUCAAUUUGUUGCUGAAUCUAAGCAAGUCCAGAAAGCUAUUUCUGAUAUUGGUGAUGGAAAGGGUACCGCGAAGGGCUUGUUGGACAAAAUAGCAACAAUGGAAAGUGAAGCACAGAAAUCUUUUAUGCAUCGAUUCAAUAUUGCAGCUGAUCUGAUAGAUCAAGCCCAAAAUGCUGGUGAAUUAGGUCUUGCAGGAAUUUUGGUGUGGAUGAGGUUUAUGGCUACAAGACAGCUGAUCUGGAACAAGAACUACAAUGUGAAACCACGAGAAAUCAGUAGAGCUCAGGAUAGGCUAACAGAUGAGCUCCAGAAUACUUAUAUGACCCGUCCACAAUAUCGGGAACUUCUACGCAUGAUUAUGUCUACUGUUGGUCGUGGAGGUGAAGGGGACGUGGGACAGCGAAUUAGAGAUGAAAUUCUGGUUAUACAGAGGAACAAUAACUGCAAGGGAGGAAUGAUGGAAGAAUGGCAUCAGAAGUUGCAUAAUAACACUAGUCCGGAUGAUGUUGUUAUUUGUCAGGCACUGAUUGACUAUAUCGAGAGUGACUUUGAUAUUGGUGUCUACUGGAAAACAUUGACUGAGAAUGGAAUCACUAAAGAACGCCUUCUCAGUUAUGAUCGUGGAAUUCAUUCUGAACCAAAUUUUGGAAGAGAUCAUAAGGGUGGUCUACUGCGAGAUCUGGGACACUACAUGAGAACCUUGAAGGCUGUUCAUUCAGGUGCAGAUCUUGAGUCUGCCAUAGCAAAUUGCAUGGGCUAUAAGUCGGAGGGUCAAGGUUUCAUGGUUGGGGUGCAUAUAAAUCCAAUCCCUGGCUUACCAUCUGGCUUUCCUGAAUUGCUACAGUUUGUUCUUGAACAUGUUGAAGAUAAGAAUGUAGAAUCGUUGCUUGAGGGUCUUCUUGAGGCUCGACAAGAGCUUCGUCCAUUGCUUUUGAAACCCAAUGCUCGUUUGAAGGACCUUCUGUUUUUGGACAUUGCCCUUGACUCUACUGUAAGGACUGCAGUUGAAAGGGGAUACGAGGAGCUAAAUAAGGCCAGACCUGAGAAACUUAUUUACUUCAUCACUAUGGUUGUGGAAAAUCUUGCACUCUCAUCAGAUGACAAUGAGGAUCUUAUUUACUGCCUGAAGGGAUGGAAUCAUGCAAUGAGCAUGCUCAAGAAUGGAAGUAAUAGCUGGGCAUUAUAUGCGAAAUCUGUUCUAGACAGAACCCGUAUUGCACUUACAAACACGGCAGAGUGGUACCAGCAAGUUUUGCAACCAUCGGCGGAGUACCUGGGAUCAUUGCUUGGAGUCGACCAAUGGGCUAUCGAUAUAUUCACUGAAGAAAUUAUUCGAGCUGGGUCAGCUGCAUCAUUAUCCUCACUUCUUAAUCGACUCGAUCCAAUUCUCCGGAAAACUGCUAAUCUUGGAAGUUGGCAGGUAAUCAGCUCGUUUGAAGUUGUGGGAUAUGUCUCAGUUGUGAAUGAGUUGUUAGCAGUUCAGAAUAAAUCUUAUGACGAACCGACAAUUUUGGUGGCAAAAAGUGUAAAAGGAGAGGAGGAAAUUCCAGAUGGUGCAGUUGCUGUUCUGACACCUGACAUGCCAGAUGUUCUAUCUCAUGUUUCCGUGCGUGCAAGAAAUAGCAAAGUCUGCUUUGCCACAUGCUUUGAUCCGGAGAUUCUUGCUGAUCUUGAAGUGAAUGAAGGGAAGCUAUUAUGCCUGAAACCGACAUCUGCAGGCAUCCUGUACAAUGAGCUAAAGGAGAGUGAGAUACUGGAUGCAAGUGCAACCAAAUCCAAGGAGGACGGUUCUUUUCCAUCUUUGACUUUGGUCAAGAAAAAGUUUGGUGGUCGAUAUGCCAUAACAUCCGAUGAGUUCACGGGAGAAAUGGUUGGAGCCAAGUCGCGUAAUAUAUCCCAUAUGAAAGGGAAAGUACCAUCCUGGAUUGGAGUUCCUACCUCAGUUGCCAUACCAUUUGGAGUGUUUGAAAGGGUUCUCUCAGAAAGUGCUAAUCAGGUGGUUGCGAAAAAGCUGCAAAACCUGAAAAGGAAGUUGGAAGAGGGAGAUUUCAGUGUUCUUCGAAAGAUACGAGAAACAGUUCUAGAGCUGCGAGCACCGGAGCAAUUGGUUCAGGAACUGAAAUCAACAAUGAAAAGUUCAGGAAUGCCAUGGCCCGGUGAUGAAGGUAAGCUGCGAUGGGAACAAGCAUGGACGGCUAUAAAGAAGGUCUGGGCUUCGAAGUGGAAUGAAAGAGCUUACUUCAGCACUAGAAAAGUAAAAUUAGAUCAUGAUUACCUUAGCAUGGCUGUUUUGGUACAAGAGAUAAUAAAUGCUGAUUACGCAUUUGUUAUCCACACAACUAAUCCGUCCUCAGGAGACUCAGAAGAGAUAUAUGCGGAGCUUGUCAAGGGACUCGGUGAAACUCUAGUUGGAGCUUAUCCAGGUCGUGCCUUGAGCUUUGUCUGCAAGAAAAAUGAUUUGACAUCUCCUCAGGUACUGGGUUACCCAAGCAAACCAAUUGGACUUUUCAUCAGAAAAUCCAUAAUCUUCCGAUCUGACUCAAACGGCGAGGAUCUAGAAGGUUACGCUGGUGCAGGCCUUUAUGAUAGCGUUCCCAUGGAUGAAGAAGAACAGGUCGUGCUCGACUACACAUCCGACCCGCUGCUCGUCGAUGGCAACUUUCAGCACUCGGUGCUCUCCAGCAUUGCCCGUGCCGGAAGUGCAAUCGAGGAGUUAUAUGGCACUCCCCAAGACAUCGAAGGCGUCGUAAAGGAUGGGAAAAUCUAUGUUGUCCAGACAAGGCCUCAGAUGUGAUCUCACUGGUUUUAUCUUCCUGUGAAUUAUUCUUUCCCGUGUCUGGCUUAUUAUAUAAAAGAGACGGACAUAGCAAACCAGAGAGAGAUAUAGAGAAAAUUCAAUACGGAACAAAUUGGAUAUAUAACGGGAAGGGAUAGAAAGUAUCAUCAUACGGUCCGCAAAAAGUAUAUGCCGUCCAUAUGAUUUCAUUAGGACGGUCGAUUAUAGCCACGUAUAGUUCGGUCCUCCAAUUGUUCAAUUAUGUAAUACUUUGAUCGAGGGAUCAGGAAAUAAGCUUGGCAACCUGGUUGCCGGCAUCCUUCAUUUA